CCUUCACCAGUUUACGGAAAAUCCAACUUGUUAUAUCAUUUCAGUAUAAAAGUUGGAAAUGGUUUUACAAUUCCUAUAUACUCGAUGAAUAAUCCUAUAACUGUAACUGACAUCUCUUCCAAAUGGGUGCAAUAUCCUCCUCUACACGGAGUAUUGAACAGGACCAUAACGAUAUCCAAAGCAUGUUCUUGGCAGCUAAAAUGGGAAAGUGGCCAGACGUUUGGCGAAUUCUAGGGACCCCAGGCCGACCACUGAAACCAUACCUCAUAAAUAUAAUACCUGAAGAUAGACGAUGGAGUUUACUACAACAGGCUGUUUGGUGGAACAAUUCCUCUGCAAUCAAGACACUCAUACAGUUUCAAACAUGUGACAAAGAAUUAAAGGCAAAAGAAAGCAUUUCCGAGAAAGGACCAACCGGUGGACAUACGGCACAGCAAAUAGCUGAACAUUUUGGAUAUUUAGAGGUUUCAAAUAUCAUUAAGAACCAUAUACCUUCUCAACGUGAAGAUGAUAUCGAUACAUACUAUGAUGGGAAUGGUUCUAUCGAAAAUGAAGAAUAUGGUCUAUUCCGAAUUACAUUGGCGGCGUACAAAAGAGCUUUCCAUCCGUCUCAUGUUGACAAAACUAAACAACUGUCAGUGUUAUUGAAUGACGUUUUUAAGCAUGUCGAUACAGGUAACAACUGGAUGGCUGUUAGGGAUAAAGUUGCAGAAGCACUUUAUUCGAGCUGUGAGGAAGCAAGCAAAGUGGUCAGUCAGUGUACUACCAAAUCUGAUUUUUACAAAAGGAUCGUUAAUGUAUAUACUGACGAAUCAACACAAUUAUAUACGAACAUGAACACAGCACUGAGGCGACAACGGGAUACAGGAUUCAAACCUACAGCAAAUGAUCUAGCACUCGGACCAUAUAUACUGAUGUUUCAUCUACUUCUGUUUUGUUGGAGAGAUUUGGUAAGAGAAAAAACAAAAACAUAUCGCAAAAUGAAAAUAUCUGCCAGGGAUCUAGAAAAGUACCAACCAGGAACAAAGUUUACGUGGUUAUCCUUUAUUUCAUCCUCUGUUCAACGGAAAUGUGCUCAGAUAUUUCCAUCUUGCGCACCAAGCGGCGACUUGAAAGUAUAUUUCGUUAUUGACAACUCAACUGAUUCGCAGUGGCAACCACUUAACAUUGAGGAUUAUGCCUGUUACACAGAAAAGGAAAGAGUUUACCCAGCAGGAGCACAAUUCCUGAUUAAAAAAAGACGUUCAACUAAAAAAGGGGUACCGAUCAUUCACUUGAAACUUUUAGCAUGCUUAGGAAGCGAAUAGAAUAUGAUUAUUAGACUAUUACUUUUUUCCUGAUUAAUGACUUUUUAUACCUGAGAUUCUUUCAUAGGUUCGAACCUUUAUGAUUAAAUUAGUCAAAAUUUAAUGUCAAUGCGUACAAAGUAAUAAGACUAUUAUCUUUGAUGUUUUUUAUGCUUACAUUUUCAAAUGGAUUCGUGAAUAUUUUUGUUAUAGACACUUAAGACAUAAUUCAAUGAUCAAUGGAUAUAUUUGUCUAUGUCCUAUUCUUUAAAGGUCAAAACUGUUUUUGAUAUUCUGGAAAGAAGGGUUCCCAACACAAAGAAACAAUAAUUUAGACGAUAAUAUAUAGAAACAUUUAUCUCUUUUAAGGCAAAGAAGCAUGAAUACUUCUUUUCUUUUACAUUCAAAACUGUUCCAAACAUUAUAAACAUGAUAAAAUUAACUUUAAAAAUAUAUUUUUUUAAUUGUUUUAUCCAGUUGUAAUGGCAUAAUAUUAUUAUCAACCAAAUCAUUUCUGAUUCAAACACAAUUGUGUGACCGACUCUUUCCCAGUGAGUAUUAUGUGGAAUUUUGAUGAAUUCUCACUUGAACAAUAAAGCAUUCAAAUUA